AUGUCUUCUAUCUACAAGGCCCUCGCAGGAAAGAGCAAAGAUAAUAAAUUGGAGAAGAAGCAAGGUAAUGUAAAGCAGUUUAUGAAUAAGCAAAGAACUCUUUUGAUCUCAAGUAGAGGUGUCAACUACAGGCAUCGCCAUUUGAUCCAAGAUUUGAGCGGGUUAUUGCCUCACUCCAGAAAGGAGCCAAAACUGGAUACUAAAAAAGACCUUCAACAAUUAAACGAAAUCGCAGAGUUGUAUAACUGUAACAAUGUUUUAUUCUUCGAGGCCAGAAAACACAAAGAUUUGUAUUUAUGGUUAUCCAAGCCACCAAAUGGUCCCACCAUUAAAUUUUACAUUCAAAAUUUGCAUACCAUGGAGGAACUAAAUUUCACAGGUAACUGCUUAAAGGGUUCUCGUCCAGUAUUGUCCUUUGACCAACGUUUUGGAUCCUCUCCACACUACCAAUUGAUUAAGGAGUUGCUAGUACAUAACUUCGGCGUGCCACCAAAUGCCAGAAAGUCCAAGCCAUUCAUCGACCACGUCAUGUCCUUCAGUAUCGUGGAUGAUAAGAUAUGGGUAAGAACAUACGAGAUUUCUCAUAGUACCAAAAACAAAGACGAAUAUGAAGAUGGUGAGGAAGACAUAUCAUUGGUGGAAAUUGGUCCAAGAUUUGUCAUGACUGUCAUAUUAAUCCUGGAAGGUUCCUUCGGUGGUCCAAAGAUUUAUGAAAAUAAACAAUACGUCUCACCAAAUUUCGUCAGAGCUCAAGCUAAACAACAAGCUGCUGAAGAAGCAAAAUCUAGAGCCGACGCUGCUGUGGAGAGAAAGAUUAAGAGAAGAGAGAACGUUCUUGCUGCGGAUCCUUUAUCAAAUGGUGCCUUGUUUAAUUAG